CAAAGUACAUAAGAAUGCCUAUUCCAAAUGAAUAUAAAUAGUAAUCCUAUAUUUAUUUGUGAUUGAGUAGUAAUCAGUCAAGUUAUCUUCAAAGAUGAUCAAAAUUCUACUUACAACUUUGUGCAUUGCUUAUUUAGCAAUAGCAUGUGAAGCAAAAUGUAAAGUUCCGUCUGUUGGUGUUGAACUUGAUAACAAUACGGCAUCUGGAGUAUGGUACGGACACGACAUAUAUGGACCACCGACAAUUGGUGACGGUUCAUGCUUUGUAACAGAAUGGUCAGUGAAUAACGAUAGCAAAAUUGAAGUACAUGACAGUUGGAAAGAUCAUGGGGGCAAAGAGGUAAACGUAGAUUCUGCUGAGGUAGACAGCGAAACUGAAGAGGGUGUUACAAGCUACACAUUUAAUAUUGGAGAUGAUAAUGUCAAGUUCUGGUUCCUUUUGGCAGAUGAACAUAGUAUGGCGGCCUAUUCCUGUGACAACAAGACGGAAAAUGCUAACGUAUUCAUCAUGUCACGUGAACAAAACAGGCACCACGCACAUCUUCAGCACAUUGAGUACAAGGUUAGGAAAUUGGUUCACCUUCCUCACCACAAGCAUAUAGUACACCAAACACAUUGCUAAAAAUUGUAUCAAAUCUAAACCAUUUUUGUAAUUAGUAGAACUGAGUUUUUCCGUACCUUGUUAGAUACAAUAAAUAUCCAGAUAUACGAUUAAAGCUCAACUUUUUUUAAUUUCUGAACAUAAAAUUUGUACUACAUACCAGUUUCAAAGAGUUAUAAAAUAGACAUGUAGGAUUCUAGAAAUGAAAAAUAUUUUUAAUUUUGGCGUCAACAAUCAAUCAGUUAAAAUUUAUCCAUCUUACAUACUAAACAUUACAGAGUUAUUUUAUUUCUCUCUCCAAGACUAGACUCAAUUCUUAUACUGGACUAAUGAGUUGCCGAUGCGCACGAAACAACGCUGUCUGCGGUUGGCCAUGGUUAUAGACACGGAGAGCAAACAUAUCCAUUUCAGCAGUGUCUAUGCAUUAAAAAGUUUACUAUAUAUCAAACACUAUUUGAAUGCCACAUGACCUAUGGAAUUAUUAUCUAUGGAUCGACGAAUAACAACCAUGUAAAUCCGUCACAAAUAAUAAAAAAUAUUGAUUAAAACAGUGCAUAACAGACCUUUACAUAUCUCUCAAAAUCGC